UUUAUGGAAUGGAUGACUACAAUGGUACUAAGACACAUUUUUAUUGUAUUACAGGAAUACUCAUGCAAGAUCUGUAGUGAAACUUUCCUGGAAUCAUACAAGGCUGUGCGACAUGUCCAGGAAACACACUCUGGAUACACCUACCAGUGCCAGGGAUGUAAGAAGAGUUUCCGGCAUCGGGAUUACCAACACCAAUGCCUAGGACAAGGGCGAGUUAUCUUGGACCUUGUCAGUCCUUUGGGUGUACGAGGAAAAGAGACCAUUAUACAGUUCCGGGAAUGGAAGAGCAAGGUACAGCCCCAGUUGGUGAUUAUCACCACGGCCCCAACCAGAGCGGACAUCUCACGGAAAGGUGACACCACGGGACCGGUAGACCUGGCGGAAUUUAGGGUACCAAACCAUGUGGAACCACUGGAUACCCCACCUAGAAAGGUGAUAGCUAAGGACCAGGAGGAUAGCCUGGAAGAGAUCACGGAUAUUGAGCUCGAGCCGCCCAAGGAACGGGUUGUUAAGGUUACCCAGAAACGGAAACGGAAGGCCUUCACCAGUAAGGCAGUCAUCAGCUCCUCAUCUUCGUCUUCCUCCUCAUCUAGCAGCGACGAGGAGACUCCCCAAGUCCAUCCCCCCAAGAUCCUUAAGGAAACGAGUGUUGCCCCUGUAAGAAAAACUAAACUUACCAAAGUGAAGGCCCCAGUAAAGAAGAUAUCCACUACAACCGAGCUACCCACAGUGACACCAUCCACUACUAGCCAAGUGCCCAAACCUUCUACUGUGCCAAAACCAUCCAUACCAACUGACGUAACAUCACCACAUGCCCUUCAAAGGAUUCAGGAGGAGAGAGUAGUAUUAAACGUUGGAGGCAGACUAUUUGAAACCUCCAAGGACACCCUGAUGAAGGACCCUAAAGGUCUCUUCCAGGAGGUAUUCGUGCCAGGUAGUGAAUUUUCCGCCUACCAGACAAACCCAGAAACGUAUUUUUUCGACCGCGAUGCCUCCCAUUUCAGGAUAUUAUUAAAUUACCUAAGAAACUCUCUGCAAUGUGAUCUGAGGACACUACCAUGUGAGCGACGGUAUUUGUACGAACUUUUAUAUGAGGCCGAGUUCUUUAAGCUUGAAGGAUUACAGGCCGCCUUGUUAGAAAAGAUCCACCAGGUAACCGUCAUUGGACCCGGCCUUGGGAUCCAUAACCGGAAAUAUUUAUAAACUCAAAUACUACAGUGGUACAUAUUUCGUGUGUGAAAAGAACGCGGGACGCGCCCCAUUUACAAUGGACACUUGAACAUUUUCGGUAUUGGACCAAAAGACUUUGUGAACUUUCAGUGACACUAUGGUUGUAUAAUUCCACAUAUGCAUGUUAAAAUUGAUUAUAAAAUAUAUUUUGAGUAAGUAUGCUAACUUAGGAGAAAAGUGUUAUGCUAUUGAUGAGUUAAUUUACCAGCUAGAUUAUGAGUUCAAACGGUAACCUUGUUUACAAAUAUUUUAUGCUAAUCCUACCAACCAAUUUGGAGACCAAAUCCGACUAAGUAGGGGGCAUUGUAACGACUGUACUUUUGCCUACCUGCUAUAGUCUGUGUAUUGAUAAAUAACUUCGUUAUUUGUCUACUACAUUUAUUAUCAUAAUCAACCUGUAUAGUAAAUGUCUUUUAGUUACAAAUUAUCUAAUUAUGAUACCAUUUAAUAUUGUCUCAAUUGAAACAGUUCGUGUUUACAAGUUUAGAAUCAUCGAGUCGGUGAUGUGUUUACGUCAGUCGUGCGCUAUAUUUAGAAUCAUGCUCUCACAUGGACUCGCAUGUUUCUGUUCCGUACGGCUGAAAUAAUCACUUACCGACUCGUAGAUACAACAGCCUAGUAUGUUGAGAACAUUCUCUUUAUAGGUUGUAAUGUUGUCACUCAUGAUUUGUUGUAUUUUGGUUAUAAUCCAUGUUUAUGCUAUGCGAAGCCUGUCAAACAGACGACUCAUCCGCCAUUGCAGAUGUGCGUUCGGAGCUCUCGGGCUUUAGUGAGUUAUUUAGUUAUAGUGUUCUGUGCCGAGAGACCCGAAUAUACUAAAUUCUGAUUGGUCAGAAGUUUUGGAGAAGGGUAUAAAAGUUGGAUCCCGCGGCAGAUUCAACGGAGUUCGCCCAUGAUCUCCUAACCAAGCGGCCAGGCUUUCAUACCCUCCUACACAGUCCAAGCAACCAAGCUUUUCCAGAGUCCAGCUAAACACCAGAACCAUGGAGGUAACUACUACCGUAGUGACUAAGUAGGCCUACCGUCUCCCGUCUCCAAUACACUAUAUAUAGAUACAAGUCUCCUUAAUGACCUUAUGUUAUGAUACGCCAGGAAUAACACCAAAAUAUAUUCUAAGUCCGCCUAACCACGGGUGUGAUACUUAGCUAUUUUGGACUAGUAUAGUUUACUUAGACAUACAUUAAUGUUCAUUAUUUAUGAAAGGUCUUAGAUAAAACAUUUUCUAAUAUUAAAACCUACUUCGGUACAUCCACGUCCGAAGUUGUUACAAUAUAUUAAGGAUACUUAGCCCUUACUAUUUUUUAAGUAUCCAUUAAGGAUACUUACUCAUCACUUUUAUUUAUAACGGCACUCCGUCGUUAUUCUCAAUUUCUAUUAUAUAUUAAUUAAGGAUGCCAUUGUGUACAGUGUUUGAAGAUAUGAAGUUGGGAUUUGAAUAAAUAUCAAAGUUAAAUUGUAUUUCUGUCUCGAGUUGUUGUUGGAGUAGAGUAGUUAACAGAACAACCAAAGGAGCCAAGAGCCAGGACCAGACGGAUCCAAGAUGGAGUAACCAGAAUAUACCUUUGAUCAAAAAGUAUACACUAACACUGGAAACACACUCCACGACG